AUGCUGAGGGUCGCGGGGAGGAGGUUGUCGUGCCUGCUGAACAGGCCGGCGCCUGUCGCCUCCUUUGUCGCCAGGAACCCGAUCCCUGUGGAUGCCUGCUCCGAUAGCCCCGGAUUGUCAUCCGUCGCGUCUCCUUUCAGAUUUGGGAGCGAAUUCUUGUUCCCCGGAUCGGCGAGAGGUUGGAUUCUGGUCUUCCCUUCCCCGUCGUUCUGUUUCACUUCUAGAUGGUUGGCGAUUUUUUAUCUGGCUCGCCUAGGGAUUUGAUGGCUUCGUGUGAUAGGAGUUAGGUUUUUUUUCCCCCUAUGUUAAUUUUUGCUGCUUUGUCCUCUAAGCUAUUGUGUUCGAUUGGGAUUCUUGUACAGAUGAGGGUUUCGUCGUUCCGUUGUUCCGUUUGAGAAUCCUGUUUGAUUUUUAUACUUAUUUGACCACCUGGAUUCUUCGUGUCGUCAAGUGGGCUAUUAAGGAGUUUUUGGCAUAUGGGAUCCGCGGUGUGUUCGUCGCUAUUCUGGACGUGAUUUACGCUUCACAAUCGUAUUUCAUUACUUGUAAUUUAUCCCUAUCCAUCGAUUAUUCUUUAUAAUGUCACACUCUCUAUACCUGAGAAUGUGUUACGCAUUCCUCUCUUUGCAUUGUGAAUCGAUAAACGGAAAACUAGAAAAUAUUUUGAAAAUUAAUGAUUGCCGGCAACAGUUCCCUCUCACCAAUAGAUAAUGAAAGUUCUGAGAAGUUGUGUUGUGUUUGUAUGCUAGGAACAGGGACACUAUGGUAUGUCCAAUCAAGGAAAUAAUUUGUUUCAAAUCCAUUCUUUCACCUCUAGAUUUUUUGCCUUUCUACUUGUCUCGUCCAGAAUAUUUCUGGCCUUUAUUUUCUCUGAAAAAUGUCUCAUUUGAUUUCUAGAAAAGUAUUUUCUGAGGGUCUAACAUGACAUUCUCUUACGCAUCUGGAGUGUUUGUAUCCCAGCUCCGCCUGACAAAGCAGGGGGUUGUUUGUUCAAACUAGCCUGUCACCAAGAACAAGGGGAUCUGUUGAUCUGUUGUACCCAUAUGUUACGUCUGCUAGAUGUCCCUCAUUCACUUAAAUGCUGUUGUCAAUAAAUCUGGGCUGAACUAUUCCUUCAUGACAUUUGAUACGCUGGACUAACCUUAACUUCAGUUCAAAGGAUUAAUUUGAGCCCCGUAGUAAAAUUUCGUCUCCAGCACCUUCGUUGAUGGGCUGCCAUUAUUUCUCACCAACUUGCACCGUACACUGGUCAGCUCUCCCUAUUUGUCGACCUCAAUCCUCUGUUCUUAUUCGUGGAUUUUAAACGCUGAUAUUAUUAGGUGACAUGCUAUUCUUCUAGGUUAGUGUAUUUGCCUAAAGUCUCACUCGGCCUUUUGAAAGUUUCUCAUAUUGAUGUAAAUAUAUGAAAGUUUCACACAAUUACCUAAAAUUUGACGAGUGGGCUCCUAUGUGAAAUUUGAGAGUGUUGUGUUUCUACAGAAACUGGCUGAUAAAUUUGCGUAAACUGCCUGCCAUUCAUUAAUGAAGUUGUUACUGUGUGGAGUAUUAACUUGUCUGUUUCCUUACUGGUUUGAAUUAUAUUUAUUUUGUUCAAGAACUUGGUGGGUUCUUAGGAUGUGGUUAGAAAAUGAAAUAAUUUGUUAACGAUAUCAAGCCAUUUGAACUGAUUACUCACUAUUCGUUUGGAGACUGAAAGAGUGAUGGCAUUUUAUGGUUAAUUCUAGAAAACCAGAUUUUUCUGCUAACUUGUACUGAUUUGCUGGGUUGGUUUAGAUAUGACACGUUUGCAUCUUCUUCAUACGAGAUAGUAGAAUAAUAUCUGAAAGUUUAUAAGUUCUGGUUGGUUUUGAGUUAUUUUCUCGAUGACAAUCUGAUGGCGUUUUAUCUGAGAUAUAACAUGCUGUUCUUUUGUUUUUAACUUUCCAAUAAUUUGCGAAAGCAUUCUCCGAUCUUCUGAACAUCCAUGUGAGACAAUCUGGGGCCUAAAAAGCCCUAUUCAGAUUAACAUUUUCUUUCGUUUCUGGUUAAUAAUCCAUGUUAACAGUGCUGUAAACUUCUGCUUCUUGAUAUUAAUUAACUUUUCGCCAAUUCAGGAGAUGCCAGUUUUCCUCUUGUAUGCAAAGAAGAUGCCCCCUAAUGUCAAAGAGCAUCCUGUGCUCUUGUAACCAUCUUGACUGCGCGCCUAAUUUUAAAUGGAAGGUUCGUCUCUUUGAAUCUCUAUAAGAUUCAUCAAUAUAGGUGCUGAUGAGCUGUUCAUUAGCAGCCUAUGGUAUGUAUCCAUACCUUGGUAAGGGUGGUAACAUUUAGAGGCCGGCAGGUUUGCCAGUUAAAGUAUAACGAAGGGGCCCUUGCUGUCUCGUAUACAAUGUGGACAUUCCCUUUCAAGUGGAAACAUUCAUGAGCAUUUGAAGACACAACUCUUUACCAUCAUAGCCUCUUGGCGAUCUCCGUUUUGAUGGUUGGUUUGGAUAAAUCAGCUUUAAUUUGCCAUCAUGUUGAUGAUAACAAGAAAUAUAAUAUGCAGCUUAACUAAGACAAAAUGGGCCUUGCCAGGUUUGCUUUUGCGUCGUAGAAAGUGCCCAUAGUAGAAGCAUACUACGAUGUGGACAAUCAAUAGAGAACACGAAAUUCUGAAUGUUGGCCGUGGGAUUCCUGUAUUGAAUAGGAAGACGUUUGAAACUUAUGACAACCUUAAUGCUUGUAAAUGAUAUCAGUGGGAUUCUCAUAUCUGUGAUUUUACCUCUUACUUCAUAAGCUGCGAGUGAAUCUCAGCUUCCUAUAAAAAACGGCUUCAGUCUGGGGAGUCUAUUCAGAGAGUCUCCAUUACGACGGAGGAAAUGAAGAAAAGAUGCUUCUAGGUAUAAAAUGGAGACUGGGAGUUGAGGACGAUCAUCAUUCAAGAUGAUGGCUUUUGGAAGGUGGUUCUUUUUUAUAGCGAGAAAAGAGGGCAAAAUCACUAGUGAAACAUGUAGCAGGUCAAAUGUGUUUUUGAGUUGAAUUAUUUGAAGACUCCUGCUCACGUUUUCAGUGGGUGAGGUGGAAGUUGGAGAUGGGAAAGAUACUUUCCAUUGUCGACACAUCAUUUGCUUGUAGCAAUAAACAGUACGUGAAUGUACUCGGUCAUCUCACAGUCAGUGUACUGUUCUGUUUGACCAUCUGCCUGCCCACCUUUUAGAAUCCUUGAGGUCAACUGUUCUUGAUGGUGAAGUGUAGUCUGCUAGAUUCACAUAAACCAGAUCUUUUUUUUCCUUUUUUCUGUUGAAACUCCCUUUUCCCUGCCUCUAUGGGGCACACACAAUGAGAGGAGAGAGAGAGAGAGAGAGAGAGAGAGAGAGAGAGACUGAGUGUAUGUUGUUGACCACCAGCAUGAACGAAAUCAUUGAUUUAUCUCUGCUCGGUGGUUUCUUUUCUGGUGUUUGCCCACGGCGGACAGGGUUCGCUACGGAGACGCUGGUGCCAAAGCAGCAGCGGGCAGAGGAGUUGGAGGCGGUGCUGCCGGCGACGGCGGUGGCCCUCAAGACCCCAACCUCAAAAAUCAUCUACGACGAGUACAACCAUGAGCGCUUCCCCCCAGGGGAUCCGAGCAAGCGGGCCUUCGCCUACUUCGUCCUCACUGGUGGCCGCUUCGUCUACGCCUCCCUCCUCCGCCUGCUCAUCCUCAAGUUCGUCCUCAGCAUGUCCGCCAGCAAAGACGUGCUCGCUCUUGCCUCCCUCGAAGUGGAUCUCUCCAGCAUAGAACCCGGCAACACUGUCACCGUCAAGUGGCGGGGGAAGCCCGUCUUCAUCCGCCGUCGCACUGCCGAAGACAUAAACGCCGCCAAUGCUGUGGACUUGGCCAGCCUGCGCGAUCCGCAGGAGGAUGCGGCGCGUGUGAAGGACCCGGAGUGGCUGAUCGUCGUGGGUGUGUGCACCCAUCUCGGCUGCAUCCCGCUGCCCAAUGCCGGGGACUUUGGGGGUUGGUUCUGCCCGUGCCACGGCUCACACUACGACAUCUCCGGCCGCAUCCGCAAGGGACCCGCCCCUUACAAUCUCGAGGUGCCUACAUACAGCUUCCUCGACCAGGGCAAGCUCCUCGUCGGCUAA